UUAGCACAUUUUAAGUAACGUUGGUAAAGGAUAUUGAAAAAUAACGAAAAUGGCAGAAUUAGCUGAAAGUUUAAAAGUAGUACGCGAUAAAAUUGCUAUUGCUUGUUCUAAGAGACCAUUAGAAUACAAAUAUUUUGAACCACGUUUAGUAGCUGUAAGUAAAUUACAACCACCUGAAUUAAUUUUAGAAGCUUACAAAGCUGGUCAAAGACAUUUUGGAGAAAAUUAUGUUAAUGAAUUAGUAGAAAAAGGAAAUCAUGUACAGAUUUUGGAAAAAUGUAUAGAUAUACAUUGGCAUUUCAUUGGUCACCUUCAACGUAAUAAAGUAAACAAGAUAUUAAAUGUUCCAAAUUUAUAUAUUAUUGAAACAGUAGACAAUGAGAAACUUGCAUUAACAUUAAAUACCUCUUGGCCUAAGUUUAGAAAAUAUGAUGAUUUAAAGUUGAAAGUGAUGGUGCAGGUUAAUACUAGCAAUGAAGAAGACAAAAAUGGUUGUGAAAUGACACAUGUUUCUUCUCUCGUAAAAUAUAUUAUUGAUAACUGUAAAAAUUUGGAAUUUAUAGGCCUUAUGACAAUAGGCAUGUUUGGAUAUGAUAUCACUAAAGGACCAAAUCCUGAUUUUUUGUGUUUGAAAGAAUGCAAAGAGAAAGUUUCCAAAGAAUUAACUAUUGAUUCAAAAAAAAUUGAAUUAUCAAUGGGAAUGUCAAAUGAUUAUGAACAUGCGGUGGAGUUAGGGAGUACCAAUGUUAGAGUGGGUAGUGCGAUUUUUGGAGAAAGACCAAAAAAGGGUACUCAAUAAAUUAUGCGUGAAAAUUAACAAAGCAAAAAUUAGACCACAGACGAGGUAUAAAAUAGACCUAUUACCUUAUGGGACUUCGU